AAAAAAAGAGUGAGGAAGGAUAUGCUCACUGGUGCGUACGUUCAAAGCCCCACUGUCUUCGAUCGUCUCCCUAGCUAGAAGGUAAACUACUUUUUGGUUAAGGUGGAUCGAACAACAAUAUGGCUUUCUGAUCCAACAAGAGGGUGAAUUGAAUAUACAGUCUUCAACUUUCAUUCGCUUGUUGAGCAUCAGCACCGCGUUCGAGGGAUUGUUCGUCUCCUUCCUGUGGGAGUCAAAAAUAGAAAUUACCAUUGGAGAUGAGUUCGAAAGCACUGCAAGCUUGUAUAGUGUAUCGCCAACUUCUCAAAGCUGUCAGGAAACAUGUGGGAAAAGAAAACUAUAAAAAACAUUUUGUCGAGUACGUAACACAAGAGUUCAAGAAGAAUCACGACCUGUCAGAUGUUGUGUCGAUUCAACAGAAAAUCAAGCUUGCACGGGAUUACACUCUUCUCCUUAACAGUGUGCACCAUCACAAGGACUUGCUCUUCUCGUACAAUAUUGCAGUUGAUAGAUCAGAUGAAAUGAAAAGAGUACUUGGAAAAUCUGCAGCAAGUGUGGGUCUUCGGCUUCCUGAGCCGUAUCAGUCUUGACAAUUGGUAGGUCUCAUGCUCUUCAUUCAACUCAUUCCAGCAAAUUCAAUGUUUGUACUUCCAGUGUAUUUUGGAAACUUGAUUGGAGCAGACUUUGUAAGCGAAUAGAGUAUACUUUCAUACUAGUUAUGCUCUUGGAAAUAAAGUAACAACUUCUUGUGGAUUC